AUGCAGGUCCAGGUGAUGGACAUUGUGGAAGACUUGAUCCGGGCUGGGCAGCCACUGAGGGCACUGCUCACCUACUUGUCAAAUGCAUCUAUUGAUGCAGCCCUCUUCCCUUCCGAGGAUGAUGCUGCAACCUUGCAGCAGAGCGCUCAAAGAGUCUGUCUGGCCUGCUACCAAGAUCCCAAGGUGCUUGCAUCAGGCGUGACUCUGCUGGCCCUCUGCAAAUUGCCUCCCUGGCGAUUGCAGGUCGAUGUGGCAGUUCUGCGCCGCAUCAAAGAAGGCUUGGCUGAGGCUAGCACAGCAGAGCCUGACUCCCUAAAUGCAGCUGCGCAACCGAUUGCAGAUCAGUUGGCAAAGGCUGUGCUCUCAGCAGAAGCUGCAUCGGCUCCUCAAGACUCUGCAGCAAAGAGUGCAGCGCGUCAGAAGGGAGCGCAUGAGUGGGUGCUUUUAAGGGCCUUUUGUGAGCAGCAUGGCCUGGAAAAGGAUGCAAGCCGGAUGGUGCAUCUGGCAGCCGACAACGACUGGGUCCACUUCCUGGCAGAAGCCUCAGCGGACAGCUAUCCAUACCAACAGAUCGUUGGGACGGCUGUGCAGCAUGUUGAGGAUAGCAGCCUGCGGCAUCACCUGCUGCACGUGCUUCGGGGCUUGGCCCCUGAUCAAGCAACUGCACCACCCCCUUCGGCCUCUGCACUCCCGCAGAGCGAAGGUCUGGAGCUUCUGGAUUUAUUGGCGCAAGUCGGGCAGCUGGACGAUCCUCCGGGAGCGCUGCUUGCUGCAGCCCUCAUGCACAGGUGGCCCAUGCUGGCGCUGCUGGCUGCCUGUCACGGCUGCGCACCGCUCCGUUGCCUGGCUGUGUGGCUGAACGCCACGCUUGGCAAGAGCAGCGCUGAUGAAGGUGAAUAUGGGGGUGAAGGAGGAGCUGAGGCAGAGAAGGAGAAGGCAGGCGAGGUGGAGACCAAUCGGGCUGCAGCGGCCUCUGCCCUGCGGGCAGCAUGCAGUCAGGGCGCCUUCAAGGCGGCCAUCGAGGCUGUGCAGCUGUUUCUACCUGGCUGCCCCCUUGUCGGGUGCCUGCGCUUCCUGCAGUGCGGGGCGGGCUGCAGGUACCGAGAGAUGGAGACCCAUCUUGAAUCUCUCACCCGCUCAAUGACACCGCCCCCUGCCAGGCGUCCAGGGUCUGCUGAGGGGGAGACAGAGGCGGCCUGGGUGAUGGCUGUGACGUGGUCAGUCGCGGACGAGCUGCUGAGGAGCGCUGCCAGCGCCUGCGAGCGCCAGGUCCUGCUGAAGCGCAUCGUCUCCCUCGACCUUCCCGUCCCUGGGGGCAGCGGCAGCGCCCGUUACGGGAGGGUGCAUCUGCUGUAUGAGCUGCUGGGCGGCGAAGCAGAGCCAUUCGUGGCCUGGCCUGACACCCCCAGCGAGCGCAUGCCAGUCUAUGCUGACGCCGGCGCCGCUUUGGCGCACAUGCUUGCAAAGCAGGACUGGCAGAAUGCCCGAAGGUGGGCGGAAGCUACAGGGCAGCAGUCACAGCAGGUGACUCUGGCGCAGGCCGCUGCGGUGCUUGCCGACUGGAUGGAAUUGGCGUGGGGCGAGAGGCUGCGCGAGGGCGUGUGGCAGGACAUCCAUGCGCUGUUUGCGGACAAGCAGCUGCCCCCGCUGCUGGCUGCGCGCUUCCUGGUGGAGCAGGCCGCCAGCCUGGCUAUCUCCCCACGCGAGCAGUUCUCCCUACUGCAGGAAGCGCUGACGUGGCUUGAGCAGGAGUCAUGUACAGCGGAGCCACAGAGUGGGCUGGUGCGGGCGUUGGCGCGCAGCCUGCAGCUGCUGUCUGCCCGGCUGCAGCUGGAUGGGCAGCCCGCGCCGCUGCGCGCCGGGCCCCUCAUCGCGCCCUGGGCAGCAACUGCAUUUGAUGAAGAAGAGGCCGACGCGGAUUCUGCACCUGCGUCAAGGGGUAAGGAGAGGUCUGCGAGCGGUGCAGUGCAAGCUGCAGCAAUGCCUGGGAUUGCAGUCGAAGGAACAGAUGGGGAAGGUGAGAAGGCUGCCGUGGACGCCACACUGGCCGCUUUGCAGCAGAUCCUGGGGAUACCCGGCCCCAAGGAAAUCACCGCCGCCGUCCGAGCACAGCUGGAACAGGGCAACGUGGCGGGUGCGAGGGCGCUGAGCCGGGAGCUGGCGUCGCCGCCGAUUGAGGUGGUGCUGGUGGAGGCGGCGGUGGCAAUCAUCCGCCUCUGCCGCCCGCCCGGCAGCGCCGAGGAAGGUCAGUCCGUCGCGCAGGUCGUCCCUGCCGCCGUAAUGAGCUUCCUACGCCGCCGGGGGCAGACGAGGGUGGAUACUGCAAUAGGAGUGCUGGAGGCGCUGCAGGCGUGUGCGGGGCGCGGCGCGGCGCGGCCGGUGUGCGCGCUGGCUGUGGCCAGCUUCCGCGCGGCCACGCUGCUGGGCAUGACCUGCGCGGAGGCCGCCCGCCUCGGGCCCCGCCAGUCCCUCCAGAUCCUGCUCAUGAAGGGGCCCGCCGCCGCCCCGACGGCGAUAGAGUAUGCGGCUGCGUACCAGAUGUCGGUGGAGGAGACUGCGGACGUGCUGGCGGACGCAUUCCUCAAGGGCCUCCUGGCCGCGCACCACGACGCGCGCGCCGAGUCAGCCGCCGCCUGGACGCCCGCCGGCUUCCUCAGCUGCACCGAGGGGCUGAGCGCGCCGGGCGUGCUGGGGAGUUCCCUGCUGGCGGUGCUGCUGGAGCGGCACGGGGCGCUGCCGCCGGACGUGGAGGCGGGCCUGCUGCUGGGCGCGCACGCAGCCUUCGAGGCCGGCGGCGCCGCCGACGCGCUGGACGUGCUCGUGCAGCUGGCCGCCGUGGCCGCGCGCGCAUGGGCCGCCGCCCGCGAGUGGCGCCCGCUCGUGCACCUCGUCGCCGGGCUGGGGCAGUACCAGGCAGUGCGGGCGGGCAUGGACCUGCUGGUGCGCGCGGACGCUCUCGAGCUGCUGCUCAGCAAGCGCGCCGGCAGCGGGCCCUCCGGCGACAUCGGGGUGCGGCUGUGGAGGGCAGCGGUGUUGGCAGCCAUCCAGAGGCAGCGGCCGGGGGACGCAGAGGCGCUGUCGAUCGCGCACCACCACUUUGCAUGCACCCGUGAGAUGGCCGCCGGCCUCCACGCUCGCGCACGGGCAAGCAGCCCCUUUCCCUUACAAUACAACACACCUGCCUUCGCCAAGUUGGCAAACGCCGCAUACAGCAAUCACCCAGCGGGCAGCCAGGAAGCUCUCGACACAAGAGAGAAGGCAGAGCAGGGGUUGAGGGGCCGCCCGCUGCGGCUGCAGGACUCGCUGGCGCACCUGGAUGCGAUGGGUUCCGCACUGGCGGCCGCACGCGCAUUCUGCGACGCGGAGUGCGGCUUUGCUGCCGCCGACGCCGCCAGAACUGCGGUCAGACUGGGGCAGCAGGCCCAGUCGCCGCCCAGAUAA